UCCAGAAGAAGCUUCGCAGUUCCUUUGCUCUUUAAGUCCAAAGACAAGCAGUUCCGCCGGACCUAAGCUCUCGAGCUUUCCCCCUGGACACGCCGUCUGGAAGUCUGAAGACACCCGGAGAUUUUACAGCUUUUACCCAUCCUUCGUUCUGCAGCAGUGCGGGGAGUUUAACUUUGACAUUAAACGCUGCGAACGUUUUUAUCAAAUUGAGUCACAGUUAGCCGAAUUGUCAGAAUGUUGAGCGUCGCUAGAAGCGUUUCAAGGACUCUGCCGACAAGGAGCUGUACAAGGAAUGUGUCCUCUUUGAUCAAGAAGGCAUGCUGGACUGGCUUCCAACCAGAUGCUCUCAGAGCCCUGUCAAGGAGAGACUAUGCGUCAGAGGCCAUCAAGGGUGCAGUUAUUGGCAUUGACCUGGGAACUACCAACUCAUGUGUUGCAGUCAUGGAGGGGAAACAGGCCAAGGUGUUGGAGAACGCAGAGGGAGCCAGGACAACUCCAUCAGUCAUUGCUUUCACAGCAGAUGGGGAGCGUCUGGUGGGCAUGCCUGCUAAACGCCAGGCUGUCACCAACCCUCAGAACACUUUGUACGCCACCAAGAGACUGAUUGGACGUCGCUAUGAUGACGCCGAGGUCCAGAAAGACCUGAAGAACGUACCCUACAAGAUCGUACGUGCAUCUAAUGGUGACGCUUGGGUAGAGGCUCAUGGGAAAAUGUACUCCCCCAGCCAGGCUGGAGCUUUUGUACUUAUUAAAAUGAAGGAGACUGCAGAGAACUACCUGGGAACCAAAGUGAAGAACGCUGUCAUCACUGUACCAGCCUACUUCAAUGAUUCUCAGAGACAGGCUACUAAAGAUGCUGGUCAGAUAGCUGGGCUGAAUGUCCUGCGUGUGAUCAACGAGCCAACAGCCGCUGCUCUGGCCUACGGCCUGGACAAAACCCAGGAUAAGAUUAUUGCCGUGUAUGAUCUUGGUGGAGGUACGUUUGAUAUCUCAGUCCUGGAGAUCCAGAAAGGUGUUUUUGAGGUGAAGUCCACCAACGGUGACACCUUCCUGGGAGGAGAAGACUUUGAUCAGCAUCUCCUCAAACACAUCGUCAAGGAAUUCAAGCGAGAGUCUGGUGUGGAUCUGAUGAAAGACAACAUGGCUCUUCAGAGAGUCCGAGAGGCUGCUGAGAAGGCCAAGUGUGAGCUGUCUUCUUCACUGCAGACUGACAUCAACCUUCCCUACCUGACCAUGGACGCUUCUGGUCCCAAACAUCUCAACAUGAAGCUGACCCGCGCACAGUUUGAGGGCAUCGUGGCUGACUUGAUCCGCCGCACGGUGGCUCCAUGUCAGAAGGCCAUGCAGGAUGCAGAGGUAUCCAAGGGAGACAUUGGAGAGGUGCUGCUGGUCGGAGGCAUGACCCGCAUGCCCAAGGUUCAGCAGACAGUUCAGGACCUGUUUGGCCGUGCUCCCAGCAAGUCUGUAAACCCUGAUGAAGCCGUUGCCAUUGGAGCAGCAAUCCAGGGUGGUGUCUUGGCCGGUGAUGUCACUGACGUGCUGCUGUUGGAUGUGACACCGUUGUCGCUGGGUAUUGAGACUCUGGGUGGAGUCUUCACCAAACUCAUCAACAGGAACACCACAAUUCCCACCAAGAAGAGCCAGGUGUUCUCCACAGCAGCUGAUGGUCAGACUCAGGUAGAGAUCAAGGUGUGUCAGGGUGAGAGAGAGAUGGCCGCAGACAACAAGGUGCUGGGUCAGUUCACUCUGGUGGGGAUCCCACCCGCCCCCCGCGGGGUACCUCAGAUUGAGGUCACCUUUGACAUUGAUGCCAAUGGUAUCGUCCACGUCUCCGCCAAGGACAAGGGCACAGGCCGCGAACAGCAAAUUGUGAUCCAGUCAUCAGGAGGUCUCAGUAAGGACGACAUUGAGAACAUGAUCAAAAAUGCUGAGAAGUAUGCAGAAGAGGACAGGAGGAGAAAGGACCGUGUGGAGGCCGUCAACAUGGCUGAAGGAAUCGUCCAGGACACAGAAUCCAAGAUGGAGGAGUUUAAGGACCAGCUUCCUGCUGAUGAGUGCACCAAGCUGAAGGAGGAGAUCUCAAAGGUCAGAAAUCUUCUGGCCAACAAGGACUCAGAAACAGGAGAGAACAUCAAACAGGCUGCCACUAACUUGCAGCAGGCGUCACUCAAACUCUUCGAAAUGGCCUACAAGAAGAUGGCAGCAGAGCGGGACACCAACAGCAGCUCGAGCUCAUCAGAGGGAGAGAAGAAAGAAGGCCAGCAGUAACACUUGGUUGUCGCCUGGUUUCCAUGACAAUGGAGGACUGUUGGGCUCAUGGGUGGAGUGGACGGGGUGGGUGGCAGUCUUGAGUGACAAGCUGAAUCUUAGUCAUUCUCAUUGUAAUACAGUGGGGUCCACAAGUCCGGCUUCACUUUCCUAUUCAGACUUGUGUACCCCACUGUAAAGUAUUCUGCUGUGUUUUGGCAGUGAAACACUCUAGCGAAAAGAUAAACGUCAGUGUAUGCUCUUCCAUGUCCUGUUAUACCUUUGUCUGUUUGUAAUUUAAUUGUCUCAAAAACAAUGUCUUGUAUGUUUAUUUUUCCAAAGCUGUUAAUUUCCAUUCUGAGGUAGUAAAAGUAAUUUCCGUCGUCUAAGACAUCAUGUAGCUUUCUUCUGUUGUUCAUGCUCAGUCAUCUGCAGCAGGCAGGCUUGUUUAUAGCAGUUUGUGUUCGUACUAGUUCAGUCAGAUGAAAGCUUGUACCUUUCUUUUGAGCUGUGGUGCAGAGGACAGCCCUACUUUACUAUGCCUACAUAAUAUAAUGUACAGUGCUUUACAUCAGUUAUAGCUCUCUUGUUUUAAUAGUGCACCCGUAACAACUUGUAGGUGGGAAGUUGCUGUACAAAAAUAUUUAAAGUAUAUUUGACUUUUAUGUCAAACUUCCACUUCUCAGCAGUCCUAAGUGCACUCUAAGCUUGCAAACUAAUGCAGAACUGUGGUAUUGAGGUGGUUUUCUUUUCAUCACUUUUAUUCUUGAAAUCUGUAAAGAUGCAUCUACACAACUCAGAGAGGAAUCUUGAUCCUAUUUGUUCCAUUUCCUCUGUCCUGACAUUUUAUACAGGCUUUUUUAGCCCAGGGGAUGUCAGGCUAGAGUAAACAACGGGGACAUAUUAGAAAUACAUAAGUAUAUAUUGAUGUCUCACAUUUGAUAUGUAAGAAUGUCAGGCUUGUUCUUUUAGUUCUUUCCUCUUUAAACACAGCAGAGUACUGACUGUAAAAACAUGUCUGAAGGUACCACUGACUUCAGUUGAACUGAGUUUGGGGAAUCUGGAUGUUAAAGUUGCACAAUAGAGGAUGAGGCCUUAGUUUACCUUCCAUCCCAGACAGAUGACUAAAUGAAGAGUUGGGAUACAAGGAAACCAGUAGAGGAUUUGUGAAAUAUGAACCCAGCUCUGUCAUUCCCCUCCAGAUGAAAGAUUGGUUGCUGCCAUAAACUGCUCUAUGUAAUGUGAUUGUUGCUGCAUACCUGCCUGAUAGUGAUCCAGGAAGCUCUUCAUAUGAAGGGAACAGUGUAUUGACUUGAAAGGUGGGGGGGUGUUCUGUUUUUGUUUUUGUUUUUUCAGGACAAUGUGAUUAUAUUAUUGGAGAGAGAAAUUGAGAGUCAAUAACCUACUGUUUUUUUUCUAAUAAAAAUCUGGAAUGUAACACUGUGA